UAGGUUACUUUUCUCUAUGGGAUUUCAAGAUGGCGUCGAGCGGAGGAGAUGGGGAACACGAAUGGACAGCGGCAGUGCGACCGCUUUUAUCAGCUUCGUACACCGCUUUUGAAACGAAAGAGCUACCUCAGCUUAUUGGGUCUAUAAUCAACAGUGAAUCAGACAUCCUUCACCAUGACAAACAGUAUGAGCCCUUCUACUCAUCAUUUGUGGCACUCUCUGCACACUACAUCACCACAGUAUGCGGACAAAUACCGAGAAAUCAGCUGCUGUCGGUUGCUGCAGCAUGCAAAGUAUUGAUUGAAUUCUCAUUGCUGCGCUUGGAGAACCCAGAUGAGGCAUGUGCAGUAUCACAGAAACACCUGAUUCUUCUCAUAAAGGGGCUUUGUACUGGCUGCAGCAGACUAGAUCGCACAGAAAUCAUUACUUUCACCGCUAUGAUGAAAUCUGCCAAGUUGCCUCAAACCGUGAAGACCCUUUCAGAUGUGGAAGAUCAGAAGGAGUUACCCAGCGCUGUGAACCCAGAGCUUCGACAAAAAGAAGUGCAAAUGAACUUCUUUAAUCAACUGACUUCAGUUUUUAACCCUGACCUUACCACCAUCUUGGCCUCCCCAUCAGCAGCACACAUGCAGGCUGAGAGUGAUUGCGAUGACCAAACCACAGAUCAAGCCAUUCAGGCCAAAAUGAAAAAUGCCUUUGUCUCUCAGAAUGUGUCAAGCUUACAGGAACUUGGUGGGUCUGAGAAGUUGCUACGAGUGUGCCUCAACCUGCCCUACUUUCUACGCUACAUCAACCGUUUCCAGGAUGCUGUAUCAGCCAACUCUUUCUUUAUCAUGCCUGCCACAGUGGCUGAUGCCACUGCUGUCCGCAAUGGGUUUCAUUCACUGGUGAUAGACGUAACUAUGGCUUUGGACACACUUUCCCUGCCUGUACUGGAGCCCUUGACACCAGGGAGAUUACUGGAUAUGACUGUGCUGGCUUUGAGCUGUCUCUAUGCUGGUGUGAGUGUCGCCACUUGCAUGGCCAUUCUGCAGGUAGGUAGCGGCUUGCAGCUCCGCUCUGCCUCAACUGGGACUAAAGAGGAGGACUAUGAAAAUGACGCUGCCACAAUUGUCCAGAAAUGUCUGGAGAUCUAUGAAAUGAUUGGACAAGCCAUCAGCAACUCCCGUAGAGCUGGAGGAGAGCAUUAUCAGAACUUCCAGCUGCUUGGAGCCUGGUGCCUUCUGAACAGCCUAUACCUGAUUCUUAAUCUGAGCCCCACUGCCCUGGCGGAUAAAGGGAAAGAGAAGGAUCCCCUUGCUGCCCUGCGUGUCCGGGAUAUUGCUGCACGCACCAAGGAUGGCGCAGGAUCGCCUAAACUUGGUCCUGGGAAAGGACACCAAGGGUUUGGAGUUUUGUCAGUUAUACUGGCCAACCACGCCAUCAAACUUUUGACUUCACUUUUCCAGGAUCUGCAAGUUGAGGCACUGCACCGGGUAAAUGAAAGUUGGGCGAGUGAUGGGCCACCAGCUGAGCUCAACAUCAUGGCACAGAGCACUUCCAUCCAGAGGGUCCAAAGGCUCAUCGAUUCUGUGCCCCUGACCAAUCUACUGUUCACCCUUCUCUCCACUUCCUACAAAAAGGCUUGUGUUCUCCAACGCCAGAGGAAGGGCUCAGUCAGCAGUGAUGCCAGUGCUUCUACAGAUUCAAACACCUACUAUGAGGAUGAUUUCAGCAGUACAGAGGAGGAUAGCAGUCAAGCAGAGAGAAGACAGGAGAAGACAAGUGCAGCUUGUGUCUCAGAUGAUGACAGUGAACCCAUCUUGGGGCUUUGGUUUGAAGAGACAAUUUCCCCCACCAAAGACAAAGUUGCUCCCCCACCCCCUCCACCACCCCCACCCCUGGAGACCUCUCCCAGACUAAAGAGUCCCAGCAAACAGAAUCCCAGUGAGAAUGGAAACAUUUUAGCUGGACGUAAAGACCCGGAACUGUUCCUUAGUUUAGCCUCCAGUAUUCUGAACUUCAUCACCACCUCAAUGCUGAAGUCCAGGAACAACUUCAUUCGCAACUACCUGAGCGUCUCUCUUACAGAGCAGCACAUGGCUACACUAGCCAGCAUCAUCAAAGACGUGGACAAAGAUGUCAAAGGCUCCUCAGAUGAAGUGUUUUCUUUAGCUCUGUAUCACUUCAACCACACCAUGGUAACAUCAGAUCUUCCAUCCCCGGCCUUGCAGAGCACCCUUCUUCAGCAAUUAGGUGUUGCGCCCUUUUCAGAAGGUCCCUGGCCUCUGUACAUUCACCCUCAGUCAUUAUCAGUCCUCUCCAGGCUUCUCCUCAUAUGGCAGCACAAAGCCAGCGUGCAAGGAGAACCGGAUGUGCCUGAGUGUAUGAAAGUCUGGGAAAGAUUUUUGGGAACACUGAAGCAACACACUAUUCAGAGUUCUGUUCAUGGAGAAGAUGACCUUAAUGUAGAGCACCUCCAGCUCCUGCUGCUCCUUUUCCACAAUCUGUCGGAGCGCGGACGACGAUCAAUUCUGACCCUGGUCACCCAGGCCAUCACUGAAGUGGCACAAAGCAGAGACUCCCAGCUGAAGGCGGUACCCCUCAACCUGGCCCGCCUUUGUCUGGUUUUUGACUACCUGCUGCGCCACUACUCCAAGCCUCCCUUGUACCUCUUUGAACAGGUGCAGUAUAACCUCCUCACCCCACCAUCCACUGGACCAGGUUCUGUUCAGGAAGGUGGCAAACGCAGCAGCCUUCCCCUUUACUAUGGAUUCAAAGAGGUGGAGGAGAACUGGGCCAAACACUGUUCAGCAGAUUCAAAUGUUCAGCCCAAAUUCUACUGCGUUCUGUCCCCUGAGGCAUCUGAAGAUGAUAUCAGCAGACUGGACAGCAAGGUCUUUCCUAAGCUGUUCAAUGGAGCGGUUAAAUACGAUGAACUGUAUGCGUGGCUCAUCUCACUCCUGGUGGCAGGCUCUGAGUUUGACACAGCAAGAAGACAAGAGAACAAGCCCAUCACUCCUAUGGAGGCAUGCUCCCUUCAGUACUACUUCCUGAUACUGUGGAGGAUCUUGGGCGUUUUACCACCCUCAAAAGCCUACAUGGAGCAGCUACAGACGGGCUGCAGCGAUCCCAGUGAGAGUGACAUCCUGCACACACUGCGAUGGUCCUCACGCCUCCGGGUGUCAACCUACGUGAAUUGGAUCAAGGAACACCUGGUGAAGCAGGGAAUGAAGGCAGACCAAGCAGCGUCUCUGGUUGAGUUGACAGCUGCUAAGUGCAGCACUGUGAAAUACGAUGUGGAGCUAGCAGAGGAGUACAUUGCCAGACAGAUUUCCACCUUCUCCAGUGUAGACCCGAACGUCAUCCUUCCACUUAAUCAGUUACCCUCGCUGCAAGCCAUCUAUACACUCGAUGCAGUCAUUUCUAAAGUGCAGGUUUCCCUAGACGAGCAUUUGUCCAAGGUUGCUAUUGAAGCAGACACCCACAAGUCAUCUGAGAUCACAAAGAACCUGCUGCCUGCCACACUACAGCUCACCGAUGUUUACACAGCUUUUACCAGGUCUUACCUACUAAUGAACAUCCCAGAGGAAGGGGAGAACAAGCUUACAGAUGCCAAGCUCCAAGGUUACGCUGCAGUUCUGUCCAUUGGAUCCACCCGCUGCAAGGCCAACACGCUGGGUCAUAGUAUUAUGCAGAACUUGCCAUCGGCAGUACAGACAAUCUGUGAGACUUGGAACAGCAUCCACACCAAUGAAUUCCCCAACAUCGGCUCAUGGCGAAAUGCAUUUGCCAAUGAUACCAUUCCAUCAGAGAGCUACAUCAGUGCCAUCCAAGCGGCUCACCUGGGUACAUUGAGUUGUCAGUCCUUGCCUCUGGCCUCUUCUCUGAAACACAUCCUGCUCUCUUUGGUUCGCCUCACUGGCGACCUCAUUGUCACAGAGGAGCUGAAUCCUUCGCAGGUUGUGCGCACUUUGUUGCCCCUCCUCCUGGAGAGUAGCACAGAGAGUGUGGCUGAGAUCAGCAGCACCUCACUGGAGCGCAUCCUUGGCCCAUCAGAGUCAGACGCCUUCCUAGCCCGCAUCUACGAGCGUUUGGUGACCGGGUGUUACAACAUCAUUGCCAAUCACUCAGACCCCAACAGUGGUUUGGAUGAGUCUGUCCUUGAGGAAUGCCUUCAGUACCUUGAAAAGCAGCUUGAGAGCAGUCAAGUCCGCAAAGCCAUGGAAGAGUUCUUUUCUUUCAGUGGUGAACUUGUCCAGAUUAUGAUGGCGACUGCCAAUGAAAAUCUAUCGGCAAAGUUCUGCAACAGGGUGCUCAAAUUCUUCACCAAGCUUUUCCAGCUCACGGAGAAGAGUCCAAACCCCAGCUUGUUGUGUCUGUGUGGCUCACUGGCCCAACUUGCCUGUGUGGAGCCCUCUCGCCUGCAGUCCUGGCUGACACGCAUGACAGCCACCCCACCAAAGGACUCGGAGCAGCUGGAAAUAGUGCAAGAAAACCGACAGCUUCUGCAGGUGCUCACCACUCAUAUUGUGCGUGACAACAGCCAGGUGGGCGAAGGAGUGUGCACUGUCCUCCUGAGCACACUCAUUCCCAUGGCGACAGACAUGCUAGCCAAUGGUGAUGGAACAGGCUUCCCCGAGCUCAUGGUCAUCAUGGCCACACUUGCCAGUGCUGGACAGGGGGCCGGCCACCUACAACUGCACAGGGCAGCUAUCGACUGGCUGACCAGAUGCAAAAAAUAUUUAACACAGAAGAAUGUUGUGGAAAAAGUGAGCACAAACAUAUCCCAAGGAAAGCACGCCAGCAUGCUGGAAUGCUCAUGCCACAUCAUCUCCUAUCUGGCUGAUGUGAUGAAUGCCUUGCGACAAAGCAGUGGCCAAGGUACCGCGGCACUGCUGAUGGAGGGAGAAGAGAAGGCUAUGGAAGUGGACUCGGACUGGGUGGAAGAGCUUGCAGUAGAAGAGGAUGAUUCCCAGGCAGAGGAUUCUGAUGAAGACUCCCUUUGCAACAAACUCUGCACCUUCACCAUUACUCAGAAGGAAUUCAUGAACCAGCACUGGUACCACUGUCACACCUGUAAGAUGGUGGAUGGGGUAGGUGUGUGCACAGUGUGCGCCAAGGUCUGUCACAAAGACCAUGAGAUCUCCUAUGCCAAAUAUGGCUCUUUCUUCUGUGACUGCGGUGCCAAAGAGGAUGGCAGCUGCCAGGUGAGACCGAAUACCUCAGGUCAUCAUGGGAAGAGAACAACAGCGGCCUUGGUCAAACGCAGCCCCAGCAGCGGCAUGAGCUCGACUCUGAAGGAGUCUUCUGCGUUCCAGAGUGAACUGCGUAUGCCUGACAGUGCUAUCCGCCACCAGAAUGCCUCACCCUCCGACAAGGGCAAGGUCACCAUCUGUGAUGGCAAACCUGGCGAUGAAGACAGACCUAAGAAGAGCAGUGUGUGCAAGAGCAUUGAGGGCUGCCAGGAAGAGUUGCUAGCACAAGUGAUGGGAUCGUCCACUGCAGCAGUCAUACUGGAGAUGCUCAUGUUCCUAAUGGAAGCCAUCCAGACCAACUUCCAGCAGGCAUCAGCAGUGGGAAGUAGCAGCCGUGCUCAGCAAGCCCUCAAUGAACUGCAUACUCAGGACAAAACUGUGGAGAUGACAGACCAGUUAAUGGUGCCCACGCUCGGCUCUCAGGAAGGGGCUUUUGAGAAUGUGAGGAUGAACUACAGUGGUGACCAGGGACAAACUAUACGACAGCUGAUUAGUGCACAUGUCCUGCGGCGUGUUGCCAUGUGUGUCCUGUCUUCACCCCACGGCCGCCGUCAGCACCUUGCAGUCAGCCACGAAAAGGGAAAGAUAACAGUGCUGCAGCUGUCCACUCUCCUGAAACAGGCUGACUCGAGCAAGAGAAAGCUAACACUGACUCGUCUGGCCUCUGCUCCAGUCCCUUUCACUGUCCUCAGUCUCACAGGCAACCCUUGUAAUGAAGAUUACCUGGCUGUGUGCGGCCUCAAGGACUGCCAUGUACUAACUUUCAGCAGCACAGGCUCAGUGUCAGACCAUUUGGUGUUGCACCCACAACUGGCUACUGGCAACUUCAUCAUCAAAGCUAUCUGGUUACCAGGCUCACAGACUGAACUUGCCAUCAUCACAGCUGACUUUGUUAAGAUUUAUGACUUGUCAGUGGAUGCCCUGAGUCCUAUGUACUACUUCCUGCUCCCAAGUUCAAAGAUCCGUGAUGCUACCUUCCUUUUCAACGAAGAAGGGAAAAACGUUAUUGCCAUCAUGUCUUCAGCAGGUUACAUGUACACCCAGGUCAUGGAUGAAUCCAGUAGUGCCCAGCAUGGCCCUUUCUAUGUCACAAAUGUAUUGGAGAUAACCCACGAAGACUUGAAGGAUAGCAACGGGCAGGUAGCCGGCGGUGGUGUGUCGGUUUAUUACUCCCAUGUGCUUCAGAUGCUUUUCUUCAGCUACAGCCAGGGGAAGUCCUUCGCUGCCACAGUGAGCCGCAGCACCACCGAAGUUCAGAGGCUCUUCCCCAUCAAUGUCAAAGGCUCUAAUGGCGGCAGCAGUAAGAUGUCACCUGCUCUGUGCCAGUGGUCUGAGGUCAUGAACCACCCAGGCCUGGUGUGCUGCGUGCAGCAGACAACGGGCAUACCAUUGGUCAUUAUGGUCAAGCCAGACACCUUCCUCAUCCAAGAGAUUAAAACUCUGCCAGCCAAAGCUAAGAUUCAAGAUAUGGUAGCUAUCAGACACACUGCCAGUAAUGAGCAACAGCGUACGACCAUGAUUCUUCUCUGUGAGGAUGGAAGCUUGCGAAUCUACAUGGCCAAUGUGGAUAACACCUCUUACUGGCUUCAGCCCUCACUGCAGCCCAGCUGUGGCAUCAGUAUCAUGAAGCCGGUCCGCAAACGCAAAGCUGCUGCUACGACCACUCGGACCUCCAGUCAAGUGACAUUCCCAGUGGACUUCUUUGAACACAACCAGCAAUUGACAGAGGUGGAGUUUGGGGGCAAUGACUUGCUUCAGGUCUACAAUGGACAGCAGAUCAAACACAGGCUCAACUCCACUGGGAUGUAUGUGGCCAACACAAAGCCCGGGGGAUUCACUGUGGAAGCGGUCAACAACAACAGUUCAAUGGUGAUGACGGGCAUGCGCGUGCAGGUGGGCACUCAGGCCAUUGAGAGGGCUCCUUCCUAUGUGGAGGUCUUUGGUCGCACCAUGCAGAUAAACCUGACGAGAGCCCGCUGGUUUGACUUUCCCUUCACCAGAGAGGAGGCCCUGCAGGCCGACAAGAAGCUGUCCAUCUUUAUUGGAGCAUCUGUUGACCCAGCUGGAGUCACCAUGCUUGAUUCAAUCAAGAUCUAUGGUAAAACCAAGGAGCAGUUUGGCUGGCCUGAAGAUCCACCAGAGGACUUCUCCUCUGCCUCGGUUAACAAUGUCUGCAGUCCCAAUCUCAACCAGGGCAAUGGCACCUCUGAUGGAGACAUAGCCACCCCAACCACCACCAGCGGCAGUGUACUGGAAAGUUGUGAAACUGAGUCCUUAUCAACCUUGGACCGGUUGGUUGUCAGCUCCCUUGAGGCUUUGGAAAGCUGCUUUGCAGUAGGUUCCUCCAGUGAAAAGGAGAAGAAUAAGGCUGCAGCGCUGGAGUUGGCCACUCUACUUUUGUCUAUGCCGACCCCUGCAGGUGUGCAGCAGCAGACCAAGGGACUUCUUGCCAGCCUGCACACCAGUAGAACUGCCUACCACAACCACAAGGACCAGUCCUUGCUGAGUAACGCAGUGCAGUGUCUAAAUGGCUGCAGCCGUGAGGGGAGGGAGCUCGACCCUGAUGUCUUCCAGAGGCUCGUGAUCACUGCCCGCUCCAUUGCAAUCAUGAGACCCAACAACUUGGUGCAUUUCACAGAAACAAAGUCAUUACACCAUGACUCUGAAAUGGCAGAGGAUGGGCAAAAACAUGUGGAUGGGGAAAGCUGUAAUUUCAUCACACAGCUGAUGAAUAAUUUCUGGAAGCUCCAUGCCCUAAAACCAAAGAACGCCUUUCUUGCUCCUGCUUGCCUGCCUGGCCUAACUCACGUGGAAGCAACAGUAAAUGCCUUGGUGGACAUCAUCCAUGCAUACUGCACAUGUGAACUGGAUUACAUCAAUGUAGCUUCUAAAAUCUACAUGCAAAUGUUACUCUGCCCAGACACAGCUGUGAGCUUUGCUUGUAAGCAGGCCCUGAUCAGAGUGCUUCGACCAAGAAACAAACGGCGACAUGUGACCCUUCCAUCCCCCCCACGCUCCAACACACCUAUGGGAGACAAGGAUGAUGAUGAUGACGACGAUGCAGAUGACAAGAUGCAGUCAUCAGUGCUGACUGGAGGAGAAGAGGGUAGACAAGAGAGUCAGGAGCAGAGUGAAGUGGACCAUGGUGACUUUGAGAUGGUGUCAGAGUCCAUGGUCCUGGAGACAGCAGAGAAUGUCAACAAUGGAAAUCCAUCUCCCCUGGAGGCUUUGCUGGCUGGAGCUGAGGGUUUCCCCCCAAUGCUGGACAUCCCUCCUGAUGCAGAUGAUGAAACUAUGGUAGAGCUGGCCAUUGCCCUCAGCCUUCAGCAGGAUCAACAAGGCAGUAGCAGCAGUGCUCUUGGCCUUCAGAGCCUUGGCCUGUCUGGCCAGGCCCCAAGCUCCUCUUCACUGGAUGCUGGCACUCUUUCAGACACCACCGCAUCAGCUAUUGCUAUGAUUUCAGCCCCGGCAUCAGAUGAUGAGGGCAGCACAGCUGCUACUGAUGGCUCCACACUGCGGACCUCCCCAGCUGAGCAUGGUGGCAGUGUGGGCUCAGAGAGUGGAGGUUCUGCAAUCGACUCUGUAGCAGGGGAGCACAGUGUGUCAGGACGCAGCAGUGCAUAUGGGGAUACAGCAGUGGAGGGCCACCCUGCAGGCCCAGGCAGUGUCAGCUCCAGCACUGGAGCCAUCAGCACCACCACAGCCCAGCAGGAAGGCGAAUGCUCAGAGGGAGAAGGAGAGACGGAGGGAGACAUCCACACAAGCAACAGGCUACACAUGGUUCGUCUUAUGCUACUGGAGCGCUUGCUUCAGCACCUUUCUCAGCUCCACAAUGUAGGUGGAGUCCAAGCCAUCCCUUACAUGCAGGUUAUCCUCAUGUUGACCUCAGACCUGGAUGGCGAGGAUGAAAAGGAUAAGGGUGCUCUGGAUGACCUGCUAGCACAGCUUAUUGCUGAGCUUGGCAUGCACAAGAAGGACGUGUCCAAGAAGAAUGAGCGUUGCUCCAUCAAUGAAGUUCACCUGGUUAUCAUGAGAUUGCUCAGCGUCUUCAUGUCUCGAACCAAGUCGGGCUCCAAAUCCUCUUCUGAGGUCCCUCUCCCUCUCUUCCAGUCAUCCUCGCUUAUUUCGAACGCCACAGCGACUGCCUUGCUCAGCCUGGGUGCUAUUGACUACUGUCUCCACGUGCUCAAAUCGCUCCUGGAGUUCUGGAAGAGCCAACAGGGUGAAGAAGAGCCUGUGGCCACAAGCCAACUCCUCCGCCCCCACACAGCCUCCUCUCCCCCAGACAUGAGCCCUUUCUUCCUGCGCCAAUAUGUCAAGGGACAUGCUGCUGAUGUGUUUGAAGCCUACUCCCAGCUAUUGACUGAAAUGGUGCUCCGGCUGCCGUAUCAGAUCAAGAAGAUUGCUGACACCAACCCACGUAUCCCACCUCCUGUCUUUGAUCAUUCCUGGUUCUAUUAUCUGUCUGAAUAUCUGAUGAUCCAACAGACUCCGUUUGUCAGGAGGCAAGUCAGAAAGCUGUUGUUGUUUAUCUGCGGUUCAAAGGAAAAAUAUCGUCAGCUGCGGGAUCUGCACACACUUGACUCCCAUGUGCGCAGCAUCAAGAAGCUCCUGGAGGAGCAGGGCAUCUUCCUCCGGGCUGGCGUGGUCACAGCAACGUCUGGCUCAGCUCUACAGUAUGACACACUCAUCAGUCUGAUGGAACACCUGAAAGCUUGUGCCGAAAUUGCCACUCAGAGGACGAUCAACUGGCAGAAGUUCUGCAUGAAGGAUGACUCUGUGUUGUACUUCUUGCUCCAGGUCAGCUUCCUUGUAGAUGAGGGAGUUUCCCCAGUACUUUUGCAACUGCUCUCCUGUGCCCUGUGUGGCAGUAAGGUACUGGCCACCUCCUCCUCCUCCUCUUCAUCAUUCUCAGGAGGAGGCUCCUCUAGUGCGGGACAGACGGGGGCUUCUCAGUCCUCUCAGAGCAAGUCUUCCAGUAAAAAGAGCAAAAAAGAAGACAAGGAGAAGGACAAAGAGGGUGAUGGAGUUGGUAGCCAGGAGGAUCAGCUGUGUAUGGCUCUGGUCAGUCAGCUUAACAAGUUUGCAGACAAGGAGACCCUCAUUCAGUUCUUGCGCUGCUUCCUGCUAGAGUCAAACUCAUCUGCUGUGCGCUGGCAAGCCCACUGCUUGGCACUUCAUAUCUACAGGAACUCCAGUAAAUCUCAGCAGGAGCUGCUGCUUGAACUGACUUGGGCCAUUUGGCCUGAGCUGCCUGCAUAUGGACGCAAAGCUGCCCAGUUUGUCGACUUGCUUGGAUACUUCUCACUCAAAACCCCUCAGACAGAGAAGAAGUUGAAGGAGUAUUCCCAGAAAGCUGUGGAAAUCCUGAGGGCACAGAACCAUAUCCUAACGAAUCACCCCAACUCCAACAUCUACACCACUCUAUCUGGUCUAGUAGAGUUUGAUGGGUUUUUUUUGGAGAGUGACCCCUGCUUGGUGUGCAACAAUCCAGAAGUUCCCUUCUCAAAUAUAAAACUGUCAUCGAUCAAAGUGGACACCCGCUACACCACCACUCAACAGGUUGUCAAGCUCAUUGGUAGCCAUACCAUCAGCAAAGUCACAGUUAAGAUCGGUGACCUCAAACGCACCAAAAUGGUCCGCACCAUCAACCUCUACUACAACAACAGGACUGUCCAGGCUAUCGUGGAGCUGAAGAACAAGCCUGCUCGUUGGCACAAAGCCAAGAAGGUUCAGCUGACCCCAGGACAGACAGAAGUGAAGAUCGACCUUCCUUUGCCUAUUGUCGCAUCCAACCUGAUGAUCGAGUUCUCAGAUUUUUAUGAGAACUACCAGGCCUCCACCGAGACCCUACAGUGUCCGCGCUGCAGUGCCUCUGUGCCAGCCAACCCUGGGGUGUGUGGCAACUGCGGUGAGAACGUGUAUCAGUGCCACAAGUGCAGGUCCAUAAACUAUGAUGAAAAAGACCCCUUCCUGUGCAAUGCCUGUGGAUUCUGCAAAUAUGCCCGAUUUGACUUCAUGCUUUAUGCUAAACCGUGCUGUGCUGUGGAUCCUAUUGAGAAUGAGGAAGACAGGAAAAAGGCUGUGACCAACAUCAAUACCCUGCUGGACAAAGCUGACCGAGUUUACCACCAGCUGAUGGGCCACCGGCCCCAGUUGGAGAGCCUCCUGUCUAAAGUCAAUGAGGCAGCACCAGAGAAACCACAGGACGACACUGGAGCAGGUGCAGGACUUGGUGCGUCCUCUGCUAAUGUGAACAGAUACAUUCAGCAGCUGGCUCAAGAGUACAGCGGAGACUGCAAGACAUCGUUUGAUGAACUGUCCAAGAUUAUACAGAAAGUACUUGCAUCUCGUAAAGAGCUCCUGGAGUAUGAUCUACAACAGAGAGAGGCUGCCACCAAGUCAUCCCGCAGCAGCAGCAGCCACCAGCCCACCUUCACUGCCAGUCAGUACCGUGCCCUCUCUGUGCUGGGCUGCGGCCACACUUCCUCAACCAAGUGCUAUGGCUGUGCCUCAGCUGUCACAGGCCACUGUAUCACACUGCUCCGGGCACUGGCCACUAACCCAGCCCUCCGGCAGAUCCUGGUCCUCCAGGGUCUCAUCCGUGAGCUGUUUGAGUAUAACUUGCGGCGAGGUACAGCAGCCAUGAGGGAAGAGGUGCGCCAGCUGGUCUGUCUCCUCACCAGAGAUCAUCCAGAGGCCACUCAACAGAUGAAUGACCUCAUUAUCGCCAAAGUGUCAGCUGCCCUCAAAGGCCACUGGGCCAAUCCUGACCUGGUGAGUAAUCUACAGUAUGAAAUGCUGUUGCUGACAGACUCCAUUUCAAAAGAGGGAGGAUGCUGGGAAUUACGGUUGCGUUGUGCCCUCAGUCUGUUCCUCAUGUCGGUGAAUAUAAAGACACCUGUAGUGGUGGAGAACAUCACUCUCAUGUGCUUGAGAAUCCUGCAAAAGCUGAUCAAGCCCCCUGCUCCCACUAGCAAGAAGAACAAGGAUGCUGCUGUUGAGUCCCUGACCACAGUCAGGCCCUACAGUAAUGAAAUCCAUGCCCAGGCCCAACUCUGGCUCAAGAAGGACCCCAAAGCCUCCUAUGAGGCCUGGAAAAAGUGUCUCCCAGCAAGAGGCCAGGAGUCUGUGUCAAAGCCUCAGGGGAAGGCUGAGUUGCGAAAGCAGUACCUGUUGGAGAAGUAUGUGUGGAAGUGGAAGCAAUUCAUGAGGUCCAGAAAAGGUGAAGGCCUCUUCCCUCGCCUGCUCAAACUGAGCCAUAACAACUGGCUGCGGCAGGUCCUUUUCACACCUGCCACUCAGGCAGCGAGACAGGCAGCUUGCACUAUUGUGGAGGCUCUAACCACAAUCCCCAGCCGCAAGCAACAGGUCCUGGACCUGCUCACCAGUUAUCUGGACGAGUUGAGUGUAGCUGGAGAGUGUGCAGUGGAGUACCUUGGUCUGUACCAGAAGUUGAUCAAGCCAACACACUGGAAGGUUUACCUGGCAGCCCGUGGAGUCCUGCCCUACAUUGGUAAUCUGAUCACCAAGGAAAUAGCCAAUCUGCUGGCUCUGGAGGAGGCCACACUGAGCACAGACUUGCAGCAAGGCUACGCGCUCAAGAGCUUGACUGGAUUGCUCUCUUCUUUCGUGGAGGUGGAGUCCAUUAAGCGACAUUUCAAAAGUAGGCUUGUCGGCACAGUGCUCAACGGCUACCUGUGUCUGAGGAAGUUGGUGGUGCAGCGUACCAAACUCAUCGAUGAGACUCAGGACAUGUUGCUCGAGAUGCUGGAGGACAUGACAACAGGUACUGAGUCUGAAACCAAAGCCUUCAUGGCAGUGUGCAUAGAGACUGCAAAGCGGUACAACCUGGAUGACUACAGGACACCUGUGUUCAUUUUUGAGAGACUGUGCAGCAUCAUCUAUCCAGAAGAGAAUGAGGUGACAGAGUUCUUUGUGACCCUGGAGAAGGAUCCUCAACAGGAGGACUUCCUGCAGGGCCGCAUGCCAGGAAAUCCAUACAGCAGCAACGAGCCCGGCAUUGGCCCUCUAAUGAGGGACAUCAAGAACAAGAUCUGCCAAGACUGUGACCUAGUGGCGCUGCUUGAAGACGACAGUGGCAUGGAGCUUCUGGUAAACAACAAAAUCAUUAGCUUGGAUCUGUCUGUGGCAGAGGUCUACAAGAAGGUCUGGUGCCCUACAAAUGAGGGUGAGCCAAUGAGAAUCAUCUAUCGAAUGAGAGGUCUGCUGGGAGAUGCCACUGAGGAGUUCAUAGAGUCUCUGGACUCAACCACAGAUGAGGAGGAGGAUGACGAGGAGGUGUACAAGAUGGCAGGAGUCAUGGCACAGUGUGGAGGACUGGAGUGUAUGCUCAACCGGCUGUCUGGAAUCAAAGAUUUUAAACAAGGAAGACAUCUGCUCACUGUUUUGCUGAAGCUGUUCAGUUAUUGUGUGAAGGUGAAGAUCAAUAGGCAGCAGCUGGUCAAACCAGAGAUGAACACACUCAAUGUCAUGCUAGGAACUCUAAAUCUGGCUUUAGUAGCAGAACAGGAGAGUAAGGACAGCGGUGGAGCCUCCAUAGCAGAGCAAGUUCUGAGCAUCAUGGAGAUCAUUCUGGACGAAGCCAAUGCUGAGAUUUCAGAGGACAAGGGUAACCUGCUGCUGACAGGAGACAAAGAUCAGCUGGUCAUGUUGUUAGACCAGAUCAACACCCCAUUUGUGCGUUCCAAUCCCAGCGUGCUGCAGGGUCUGCUGCGCAUCAUCCCAUACCUGUCCUUCGGUGAACUGGAGAAGAUGAGGAUCUUGGUGGAACGCUUCAAACCGUGUUGCAGCUUUGACAAGUACGACGAGGAGCACAGUGCAGAUGACAAAGUGUUUUUGGACUGUUUCUGUAAAAUCGCCGCUGGAAUAAAAAAUAACAGCAAUGGCCACCAGCUGAAGGACCUUAUUCUCCAGAAAGGAAUCACACAGAGUGCACUGGACUACAUGAAGAAACAUAUCCCAAAUGCCAAAAAUCUGGAUGCAGAUGUCUGGAAGAAGUUCCUCUCCAGACCAGCUUUACCCUUCAUUCUCAGAUUGCUCCGUGGUUUGGCUACCCAGCAUCCCCCCACACAGGUGCUGAUAGGCACAGAUUCAAUAACCAACUUGCACAAGCUGGAGCAGGUAUCCAGUGAUGAAGGAAUCGGCACGUUGGCGGAGAACCUUCUGGAGGCGCUGAGGGAGCACAGUGAUGUAAACCUGAAGAUUGAAGCAGCCCGCAGGGAGACCAGAGCUGAGAAAAAGCGUAUGGCUAUGGCCAUGAGACAGAAGGCCCUGGGCACAUUGGGCAUGACAACCAACGAGAAGGGUCAGGUGGUGACCAAGACCUCACUGUUAAAGCAAAUGGAAGAGCUGAUAGAGGAGCCGGGCUUGACCUGCUGUAUCUGUAGAGAGGGUUACAAGUUCCAGCCAACCAAAGUCCUGGGUAUCUACACAUUCACAAAGCGUGUGGCCUUGGAGGACUUCGAAAACAAGCCUCGCAAGCAGCAGGGCUACAGCACUGUGUCGCACUUUAACAUAGUCCACUAUGACUGCCAUCUGGCAGCUGUCAGGCUGGCUCGUGGGCGAGAGGAGUGGGAGAGUGCUGCUCUCCAGAACGCCAACACCAAGUGCAAUGGGCUGCUUCCUGUGUGGGGGCCACAUGUGCCAGAAUCAGCCUUCGCUACGUGCUUAGCAAGGCACAACACAUAUCUGCAGGAGUGUACAGGCCAGCGGGAGCCCACGUACCAGCUCAACAUCCAUGACACCAAACUGCUGUUCCUCCGCUUUGCUACCGAACAAUCGUUCAGCGUGGACACAGGAGGAGGAGGACGAGAGAGCAACAUCCACCUCAUCCCCUAUAUCAUCCACACUGUGCUCUACGUCCUCAACACUACAAGAGCUACGUCCCGGGAGGAGAAGAACUUGCAGAGUUUCCAGGAGCAGCCAUGUGAGAAGUGGGUGGAGAGCUCAUACGAGGUUGAAGGACCGCACUAUUUCACCAUCUUGGGCAUGCACGUCAUGCCGCCUGAACGCUGGAGGACUUCACGGAUAUACUUUCUACGAAGACUCCUGGUCAACGCACAUGCCCGCAAGGUCUCAGCAGUCUGCACCAACAAACUCACAGAUAAAGCACCAAAGGAAUAUGCAGUCUAUCGCUCGCCUCUUCUCUUCUGGGGCCUGGUGGAUCUUGUCUACGACAUGUUCAGGAAAGUACCCACUAGCAACACAGAGGGGGGCUGGUCCUUCUCGCUGGCAGAAUAUGUCCGUCACAACGACAUGCCCAUCUACGAGGCCUCAGAGCGCGUGCUCAGGGCCUUCCAGGAUGAACUCAUGCCCGCCGAGUCCUUGUCAGAGUUCUUUGAUGUUGUAGGUCUCCUCUCUGAAAUCGCAGACCCAGACCUCUUCCUGCAGGAUUUGUUGAACUCUUUGCCCUGAUGGUCAACCUCACCCCACAUCCCUCCAACACACAAACAGCCCUGCAAAUAACGUUGGGACACCUACCAACUGAAAAAAAAAAAAAAAGAUUUUCUCUUUUUACACACUGACACACAUGCUGAGUACACACACAGAUUAUACACCAUGCUUCUUACUCACUUCCCUCCCCCAUAUUACAUCUUCCAAUUAACUUUAAGCAGAAACUAUGUGUAGUCUAAAAAGAUCAUCCACUUUGGGCAACAUCUCUGUAACGUUUAACACAAAAACACAAUGCUGUUAAAGGGUGGGUGGGACACACUAAAACAGAAUUCCCGCUUUGGUCGCCUCAGUCUAGAGUUGAGGACAUGACUACGUUUCUUGCUAAGCUUGAGACGAGAUCUGAGACUCGGCUAUUCAUUAAACCAGAUCAUUUUGACUGUUACCGCCAACAAACCUGAAUCUUCACCAUUUCUUUAAAAGGACAUCACAGAAUGGCGGGGGAGAGAAUUUAAUUAUUCACAAUAAAACAAUAAUAUAUGUCCGGAUGAUGGGAAUAACUCGUGAAUUCUGUUUUAGGGUGGAAAUCCUUUUGGCUUUCAAACCCCCACCCACCCCCCUUUAUAUUGGGGUGCAAUGUUAAGGUAACUAAAAGAUUUUUGGGGAUUUGACCCACCACGUGUUAAGAGUGGCAUUUUAAUUUUAUCUUGUUUUCCUUUUUGUUUGUUUGGUUUAAGUUGUUUUUGGUCAGGGUUUUUUAAAAUGGCAGAAGGUUUCAGUGUCGCAGUUUCGAGCUAACUUUUGCUGUUUGGUCUCCAUGUAGGUUCUAACUGGAACAGAAAAAAAGGUUUUUGAUUUGUGUGUAUGUGUAAGGUUUCUUUUAUCGACCUCAGAAGCAAAAUGGGGAAAAGAACGAUGAAUAAAAGUUUGUUUUAUUUUUUCCCAUAAAGCUAUGCCUUUGUGACAAAGUGAACUUUGGACUUGUGAAAGAUUCAAUCUGUUGCAAUGAAAUAUCAGACCUGUCUAAAAUGAUAAUAAAACAGACCUACAUUAUAUCCUUCAA